CGAAAAGAGUGGAUAGAGACCAGAGACAACUCGAGUGCACGGUCGAGUUAGCGUUGAUUGUGUACUGUUGGGUAGGAAUAUAUUUAUCAGAGACAGUCUCUCAUAUUUCUGAAAUAGAUAGAACUGUUUCAAUAGAACUUCAUCCAAUAUGCCUAAAAAAAAAACUAAUCCAUUUUGGGCAUUCCUGAUGGAAUUUAAGAGGGAAAAUAAAAUCGCAACAAAUGAGGAAGCAAUGGAAAAAGCUGAUGUUGUAUGGAGGAGUAUGACUGAUGCUGAAAAAAAAAUGUAUGCAGGAAGAAAAGGGAACAAUCAUCAAAAAUCUCAGGAUGCUCCUAUGACUGACGCAGAAAGAAAAUCAAAUGAAGAAGCCUUAUUUCAACAGACGAUGAUUGAAGAAAUUUCAUCAGAAUUGGCUAUUGCUAAAAAAUACAACAAUUUGCCCCGUUACGAAUUCUUCAUCAUUCAUAUCAAUAGUUUUAUUUUUGAUAAGCAACAGUUGAUGUAUUAUCCUUGUGAGAUUGGUAUCUGCAGUUUUACUCUGGAGUAUGGUGUUUCCGAAAAUGACAUCUAUCACUCAUAUGUUUACCCAGGUCCUUUGCCUCCUGGUUACCCCGGUGAAGCUAAAAUUAUUUCUGAACAAACACAUCAACUUCCAUGGGACUAUGAUGGAAUGGAUAAUCAGGAACAAGUUUUUAAUGAAGUUGUGAACUAUUUAUCUGAAAGAUCGAGAGGAUCCGAUAAACUACCCAUAUUAUAUGCAAUAAAAGAAAGAGAUUUGGAAACAGUAAAAAAUGUUCUUGAAAGAUGGUGUGAAAUGUUCGAUCCAAGAAUUGAAUUCACAAUUUAUAAUGCUCUGACUCUCUUCUCCUUAUUGGUCAAAAACACCGUUAAGAAUUCGCAAUGGACACCAGAGGCAAUAAGUUACGGUGAAUUCCAGAAAGAUAGGCAUCAGUAUGCUCCAGGAAUUGCUUGUGAGUAUCAUGGCUCGUCAGAGUACCCAAUUCAUUGCUCAAGAUCAAUUGCUAUAAGACAUGGCUAUAUAAUAUGUGAAAAUUGCAGUCCAGCUUUGGGCAUUUCAUUAAUACCUGGCGACCAUGUUCCAGAUAAUGUAAUAAGGAAUAGGGACGAAAGAAGGGCUUCAUCCAAGCUUAGUGAUGACACCGGCAGUACUGUGAGGGAGGACAGUAGUGAUGCAGAGACUUUAGUGUCAUUCGGGAAAUCCAGUACAUUCAAUGAAGAUACAGCAUCAUCAAUUGACUUUCCAGAGUAUGAUGAUUGCCGGCAGAAAAUAAAUCCUAAAGGUGACAAUUUACACACCACUGGAAAUAAGAGCACUUCUAAUGAACUCAAUGCAAAAACAGGAAGUUCUGGUUUCAGCCGAAGACCAGCUGCAUUACCAUCUAACUCAAAUGAAGUUUUUUCCAAUUUAACUGAAAGCCAAGAAUCAAAUGGAAAAAGAACUUGUGUAUUGGCAAGCCUCCGAGGAAGAGGAGGAGCAGUACCAAAAGGAAAAGGAAGAGGACAUCCUUUCCGUAAAUGAGUGAUACAUUCAAACUUUUUUUAUUUGUUUUUCUUUUUAUAACUUUGUUUUUAUUAGAUUCACGAGUUUUAAAGUUUUCUUUAUGUUAAGUUAGUGUUGAGGACAGAAUUCUCAUUAUGUAUUAUUUCAAAUGACCAUGACUAUUUGUUAGCAGUAGUUGUUAAUGUCAUAAUGGAUGCUCUUUGAGAUUGCGACUAUACUUUUUAUCAAAUUUGUUUUACUCAGCCCAAAAAUUUUUUUCAACUCAUUAGUUAGUCAGUGAUUCAGUUUACAUUAAUUUUGCUCUUUUUUAUCUAAUUCAGUAGGGUCUAAAAAGCGUUAUCAUUAUUUCUGUACUUAUCAAAGUUUUUGAGUCCCUUUAAAAUUGUUUUUCUUAAUAGGUUAAUUUUGUUCUGGACACUUUACAUUUUGAAUAUUUUAUUGUUACAUUGAAGAAAUAUAUUUUUGAAAUCUA